GCUUUUUAAAAGAAUGCAUCUUCCUGUAUGCAUGCUGCUUCAGUGUAAUGGUUUUCUUAUUAUACACUACACUAAGAUAUAGUUUUAAACACAACAUCGCAUUGUAUUCCCUGAAAGGAGCAUUUCUUGUUCUAUGUGCGAGUAUACAGUACAUGUUGCUGUCAUUUUAGCGCCAAAGGGAUAACUUGUAGGCCUGGCACCCUGAUCUGCAUAUUAUAUCUAACAGGCCACUAUGACAUACCAUAGGUAUAGAUUUUUUGGUGGUUUGGUUGGAUGGGUUUGGGUGCCGACACCUCCAACUAUUGCCACAGAGACAGGCUGUGGCAUUUGGCUUAAUGAUGUGAAUCUUUGGCCCAUAAUAUUUAAAGCUCUUAAUGGGAGAGGUGUACAGGCUUGUAGAACGUUUAUGACCUGUACAUGAAGCAGAGGUGGAAAAAGCCAUCGAGAACCGAAGAGGUACAACCAAAUACGUCUGCCCCCUUUAUUCUAACAACUGUUGGUUGCUCCUCCAUGCUGCUCCACAGGACUUGAAUUUACAUCACCAUGAGUCUUGCUUUACAUGAGCUGCUGCUUUGCUGCCGUCAGCUGGAAAAUGACAAGGCCACGGAAAGACGGAAAGAAAUUGAUAAGUUUAGGCGUUUACUUCGAGAUCAGGAGACAGUCCAGCAGUUAGAUCGUAACUCAGAUGCUCGCCAUGGUAAACAACUCAACUGGGAUACUGUAUUCAGGUUCCUACAAAAAUAUAUAUUCAAAGAGACGGAAAGCAUUAAAUCUGCCAAAGCAAAUGUUUCCCAAUCAACACAAGCGACUCGACAGAAGAAGAUGCAAGAGAUUAGCAGUCUGGUUAAAUAUUUUAUUCGAUGUGCAAAUAAAAGAGCUCCACGGUUAAAAUGUGCAGAACUUUUGCAUCAUGUGAUGGACACAGUGAAAGACCCCACAAAGUGUGCAGCUUAUGGAACCGAUUACAGCAGCAUCCUGCUGAAAGACAUUCUAACGGUGCGGAAAUACUGGUGUGAAAUCACACCACAACAAUGGGCAGAUUUAUGGAGCAUUUACUCCAACCUUUACUUGAAACCAAACAGUACAAUAAACCGUCUGCUGGUGGCUCGUAUAAUCCAGACUCUUACCCGAGGCUGCUGUCUCCAGACUGAGGAAAUGCACUCCAAGUUCUUCAACUUCUUCUCUGUGGUGAUUCACCGGGUCAGAGAGGAGAGAAAUCUUCCUGGUUUGGACCAGAUCUUUGCUGCUUUGAACACAUUCCUCCCCAUGGCUUCUUUAAAUUGCCGCAUGAGGGUGUGUAAAUUGGGGGAAGACGUCUUCCCCAUAGUUCUGCGUUUAUGGACCCAGCAGAGACCUAAAGAUGCCUUGAAAGAAGAGAUUGUGGAGUUUUUUCGGUUAAUGGUACAUGUUCACCACCCAAGGGGAGCCAAGACUGUAGAAGAAGGUGCCUACGCAUUUGAUGGUGACAAGUGGCAGAGGAAUCUGUACAAUCUGUAUGAUGCCCUGAUGGGUGAGAUCACUCAGAUAGGCAGCAGAGGGAAAUACUCCUCUGGCUCCCGAAACAUUGCAGUCAAUGAGAACUUGGUGGAACUAAUGGCAGAUAUUUGCCAUCAGCUCUUUACUGAAGAGACCCGCGUCUUGGAAAUCACACAGGCUUCCUUUGCGAUGACUCAGAGAGACCCCCUUGGAAAUGGGGCCCCAAGCAAACGCAGGAGGAUAGAACUGGGUUGGGAAGUGGUCCGCGAUAAGAUUCAAAGAUCAAAGAAUGAUUUUGAUGUCAUCCCAUGGUUACAAAUAGCAGCAUGUCUGAUAGCUCGGCAUCCCAUGAGUCUACCAUGUAGUGAGCUGACACCAAUACUCACCAUCCUUCACCAGCUCUUGGCUGAGCAAAGACGAGGAGAGAAAGCGAUGUUCGUUCUGAAAUGUUUAAAGGAGCUUGCAAUUUGUCAAAAACAAAAGACAGAUGUGACAGUCACCCCAAAAUCAGAUCUACAGAAGCUUUGGACAAAAAUAUGGGCUCUUACUUUGCGCAGUUUAAGUUCUCCGCAGACUGAGGCCGACAGCUUUGCACUUUUAGGAGUCAUCUUACAAGGAGGUCUAGUACCAGUGGACAGAGACUUUUGGAAGAUUUUCUCUGGGUCUGCGGGCAAACCUUCCAGUUCCGCAGUGCAGUGCUUGUGUCUGGCCCUGACUUCCGGCAUCGCCCCAGAUCAUCUAACUUCUCACCUGGAGCUCCCUUUACACGAAGGCAAUGGGGGCAAAAGACUGCUAAAGGAAGAAAUCAUUAAGUGGUUACUGUUUGGUCAUCUAGAUGAUGAAAUGGAAGACAUCAAUGAGCACACCCCAUUAGUAAACCAGUACUUCUUCCAACCAUCCUUUCAGAAGUCUAUUGUUAGCCUUACAAUGAAGAACUCCAGUGCUGCUAUGGAUUAUUUUGGAAGCUUUUUAGAGUGUUCUCAUCAGAAGAUAGGAAGUGAAUCACCUGGUUUCUCCGAGACUGAAGAACUCUUUCUUGCGUCCUCUUUUAAUGAAAUAACUAUGCUGUCCAGUGCAUCGGAUUCAGCAGCUUGUCAGAAAGCAGGCCCCACAUGUCCCACAGUGCAUCAGUGUGUGAGGAAGAGGCUGGAGCUCGAUCUACUUGCUGUCUCUGAGCAGCUUCUCAACAGCUAUUCUUCUGAGACUACACCUCCUGACUCCUUGGUACAAUGUGCAUGUCUAUUGACUGGAGUGUUAGCCUGUUACUGUCACGCCGAAGUCAUCAGUGAAGAUGAGGCCUGCCAGUCUAGUUUAUUCCAGAAAGCAAAGAUGUUAAUGCAGUGUGUCGCUGAGAGCACAUCAAUUUUGAAGGGAAAAUUAAGUGAGGAACCAAAAAUUGUAUUACUGGGGGCUUUGAUAUCCCAAUGUCUAAAUUGUGUCUGCAACUGCCCAAAGGAGGGUCCUGCUCGAUUUUCUGCAGAUUUGUUUCUUCGCCUUAUAACACCAAGGAUGUUAACGGAUUUGUGUGACAUAUGUCGACACUUGGUGAGUAGCAAUGGCACCAUAGCUGAGACCAUAGAUGGAGAUACCAUGGACACGGACAGAGAGGCAAGAAUGGAUAUAGAAGACCAAGGAGAUGCAGACUUCUUCGAUGACCACUCUUCUACUGAAGCCACAGAAAGUAUAGAGAGUGGGGAGCUACAGAAUAUCACUGGUGCAGUGAGUCCAUUAUCAGAGGAACAUGUGACCAAACCUGAGAUGGUGCUGUCCCAGACUCUGCAGUUUCUGUGUUUCAGUGCCUCUCCUGCCAUACACCAUAAUGUGAAUUUCAGACCUUCGGACAUAAGGAGAAGAAUCUUGAAUAUCUUUGAUAACACAUUAGACACAAGCAAACCUCUGCAUCUCCGUGUGUUCUUACAGCUUCUAAAUGACCUUCCAGUGAAAGCUCUUCCUGUAGAGGACAUGAAUAUCUUGCUGAAAUCUCUUCCGGAUGUCUGCUCCGCCUACAGACGAGACCAAGAGGUCUGUACUGCUAUUCUCAGAAGUCUCCUUCCUAUUGUAAGGUGUUUAGGGCAGGAGGAAGAGGACACGGAGGAGACAUCGGACGCAGAGGGUCAGCUGCUUAAUGUCAUUUAUGCUUUCUGGAAGUUAACAAAGGACGGGAAAUAUACAGCAAUGGUUCGCGUGGCACUUGUGAACUGUAUGAAAACUUUAAUCGAGGUUGACCCUCAAAGCAAAUGGGCAAUUCUCACUGUAAGAGAUACUGACCUUUCUGUGAGAGACGCAUUCUCCGAAUUUCUCGCAGAUACCCAUCAGCAAGUUCGUAUGCUUGCUGCUCAGGCUGCAAACAGACUCUUCCAGGAUGUGAAGUUACAGGCGCUCCCCCUGAAACUGCAGCAGAAGGCUUUUGAAAAUGUCUACAUGAAGGCUCAGGAGGGAAUGAGUCAACUGUCUCGCAGUUGUCAGGACCCAGAGGAUCUUCCUGAUGAGAAGUGUAAUAGAAAUUCUACCCUUCUUAUGUUGGUGUCUGUGAUCCUGUUCUCCAGUCCAGUGUGUGAGAAGCAGGCUUUAUUUGCUAUAUGUCAGUCUGUGAAACAAAAUAACCUGGAUCCUCAGCAUAUCAGAAAAGUUUUGGAAAAGGUUUCUACCACCCUGGGAUACAGAAAUAUGAAGGACUUCAUGACCUCUCACUUGGAUUACUUGGUUCUUGAGUGGCUUAGAAUGAAGGUCCCAGAAUACACCCUGUCCACUUUUCCUUAUACGUUGUUAGAUUACCCCACUCUCAGAGAUUUCUAUAGAUCAUGCUACAAAGUGCUUAUUCCACCCCUAAUUAUGAGGAACGAUUUGGAUGAGAUCAAGUCUAUGGCUCAGUGUAUAGAAGAGGACUGGAAGGUUCUGCUGGCCGAUUGUUUCCCUAGAAUUUUAGUGAAUAUCUUGCCAUAUUUUGCAUCUGAAUGCUCCAGUGACGCAGAGAAGACAAAUAGAGAAGAUGCAACAAAGGUCUAUGAUUUGCUACGAGAUGACAGCUGCUUAGGGACACAGCAAAUAGACAACUUAUUUCAGCGGAAUCUACCGGAGAUUGUGGUGGAGUUACUGAUGACUUUGCACGAAACACCAUGUGAUGGAGAACAAAACCAGAGAGACAUUCUGCAGUACACAAGAGAACUUGAUCCAGCUCCAAACCCCCCAUAUUUUCCUUCUUCAGUGAUUAAAGCCACAUUGAAUUAUAUAAGCAGUUGUCACAAGAACAAGCAGAAAAGUCUUAUAGCCAUUCUGUCAAAAACACCAGAUGCUUUCCAAAAGAUUUUGCUCUCCAUAUGUAGACAAGCUGCAGAAAGCAAUAAUAUUCACAAAAAGCAUCGUAUUCUCAUCAUUUAUCAUCUGUUUGUUAAUUUGUUGCUACAAGAAAUUAAGGACGGUUUAGGGGGAGCAUGGGCCUUUGUCCUCAGAGAUGUCAUUUAUAACUUGAUCCACCAUAUUAAUAGCAGAGUUGCCUGCCCUACAAAUGAAGUUUGCACCCGCAGCACCAUGUUGUGUCUUGAUCUCUUACAUCGGGUCUGUGGAGCAGCAGUCACUUACUGCAAUGAUGCACUAGAAAACCACCUACAUGUUAUUGUGGGAAGCCUGAUCCCUUUGGCAAAUUGCCAGGAUGAAAUACAGAGACAGGUGUGUGACUUACUGACCUUUUUGGUGAUUGAAAGCAAGGAUAAUGAAAAUCUCUACCACACAAUUAAACUCCUGGACCCCUUCCCUGACCACCCUGUCUUCAAGAACCUACGGCAGACUCACCAGAAAAUCAAAUACAGUAAAGGAGCGUUCUCACUGAUAGAGGAAAUAAAUCAUUUUCUGUCUGUAAGCGUUUGUGAUUCACUUCCUUUAACACGACUAGAAGGACUAAAUGACUUAAGAAAACAGUUACAGCAACACAAGGAUGAGAUGAAAGAUAUUGUGCGUGACUUCCAAGUAAAUCCUCAGAAUAAUGUCAUUCCUAAACUGGUGAUGAGUCUUUUGGAGUUAAGCAAGAAUGCAGCUGACCUUGACAAUGGGAAAGAUGUGCUGGAAGCAGUUGGGAGCUGCCUUGGAGAAUUGGGACCUAUUGACUUCUGUACCAUAGCGCUAAAGCACAGGAAGGAGCUGCUGUAUGGCAGAGCCGGGGACAUUUUUGAAGACAAGGAGCUUCAGUGUGUACUCGUCAUUCUGGCAUUAAUAAAUAACGCUCUGACAGAUCACUGCAUCCAUGUAAGAUCAGCUGCAGCUACUUGUUUGAAGAAUAUUUUGGCCACAAAAACUGGUUGUCACUUUUGGGAUUCUUACAAAGAUCAUGGAGAUCCUAUGCUUGUGUAUCUGCAGCCAUUCCGUACUCCAAAAAAGAAGGUCCUUCAAGUUGAACCUAUGGAGACGGAAGGUGCAUUUGACAUUGUGGAUGACCACAGUUUAUGGAUACCCCAAAAUGGCAGCCAUGAGGACUGGAUAAAGAACUUGACUUGUGCUUUACUUGACAGUGGCGGAGUGAGAAGUGAAGUUCUUCUUUUAUUAAAACCAAUGUGUGAGGUCAAAGCUGAUUUCUGUCAGGCUGUAUUGCCUUAUCUCAUACAUAAUAUCCUACUCUGUGACCCCAAAAACACGUGGAGGACACUUCUAUCAAAGCACAUCAAGGGGUUUUUCACUGCAUGUUGCCGCUCUACACCGACGUCCAGCAGAUCAGCCACCCCAGCUAGUUCAGACUCUGAAUCUGAAAGCUUGGCCCAGGGAACUGUGAACAUGGCUUCCAGGAGAACAAUGCUCAGUAUUGUGGAGUAUUUGAGGAAGCAAAGAAGACCCGACCAAGGAACAGCCUUCGAUGAUAAUUUCUGGCUUGAUCUGAAUUACCUUGAAGUUGCCAUGGCAGUGCAGUCCUGCGCGGCUCAUUUUACUGCCCUGCUGUACACGGAGAUUUACGUUGACAAGAUCAAGUUAGAUGGAGAGCAAACAGCAAAGAGCAAGUUCACAGCACGCAAGUCUCUCAAGUUUGAAGAGGAGAGUCAGACCGUGACUAUUGUCAGUAUAAGCGAGAAGAGCAAAGAGGAAACCGGGAUAAGUUUACAGGCUCUCAUGAUGGAUAUUUACAGAAGUAUUGGAGAACCCGACAGCUUGUAUGGAUGUGGGGGUGGAAAAAUGCUUCAUCCCCUGGCUAGAAUCCGAACAUAUGAACAUGAAGCCAAAUGGGGGAAAGCUUUAGUUACUUACGACUUGGAAACCAACUUGCCUCCAGCUGCUCGCCAGGCAGGCAUCAUGCAGGCCUUACAGAACUUUGGCUUGAGUCACAUGUUGUCCACCUACCUGCGAGGCCUUGAGCAUGAGAAUCCAGAAUGGUCUUCAGAGGUGCAAGAGAUUCGCUAUCAGGCAGCAUGGAGGAAUAUGCAGUGGGAACAGAGCCCAUCCCAUAAAAAUGAUGCUGCUGGGCCUGGUUAUCAUGAAUCUCUCUACUGUGCUUUACAGUCCUUGAGAGACAAAGAAUUCCCUACUUUCUAUGACCACAUUAAAUUUGCCAGGGUUAAAGAAGUUGAAGAGCUGUGUAAAGGUAGCCUGGAGUCCGUGUAUUCUCUCUAUCCCACUCUGUGCAGGCUGCAAGCAAUUGGGGAGCUGGCAAAUGCCGGACAGAUGUUUUCACGAUCCAUCCCUGAGAAUCUGAUAAAUGACCUGUACAUGAAGUGGCAGCAGCAGUCUCAGCUCCUCAAAGACAGCGACUUUGGCUUCCAGGAGCCUGUCCUUGCUCUUCGAUCUGUUAUCCUUGAGACUAUGCUGGAAAAAAAUGUUUCCUCCCAGGACUGCCUCAAUGAAAUCCUCACUAGACAUUUAGUGGAGUUAUCUCAAGUAGCUAGACUUGCCAACAACACCCAGCUACCAGAAAAGGCAAUGUUCCAGAUUAAACAACAUAAUUCGGCACAGUUCCUUGUAUCCGAAUGGCAGCUUGAGGAAGCUCAAGUCUUUUGGGCUAAAAAGGAGCAAAGUCUGGCUUUGAGUUUACUCCGACAAAUGGUGGACAAAUUGGAAGCUCACAGCUUUGAGGUUGAGAAUGAUCCCAGCCUGCAGCUGAUAUAUGUUGAAUGCUUAAGGUUAUGCGGGAAUUGGUUGGCAGAAACCUGUCUGGAAAGCCCCACAAUCAUUAUGCAGAACUUUCUGGAGAAGGCAGUGGAAGUGGCAGAGAGCUACAGCACAGGCAGCGGAGAGCGCCUGCAGCAAGGAAGGAUGAAGGCAUUUCUGUCAUUGGCCCGCUUCUCAGAUGCUCAGUAUCAGCGAAUCGAUAACUAUAUGAAGUCCUCAGAGUUUGAGAACAAGCAGGCAUUACUGGCAAAGGCGAAAGAGGAAGUGGAGCUGAUGAGACAGCACAAGGUCCAGACCAACAGAUACACUAUAAAGGUUCAGCGAGAACUGGAAUUAGAUGAAUGCGCUAUUUCUGCUCUGAAGGAGGACAGGAAACACUUUCUCUGCACAGCCAUAAGGAACUACAUCAGCUGCCUGGUGUCGGGGGAGGAACAUGACAUGUGGAUUUUCCGUCUAUGCUCCCUCUGGUUGGAGAAUUCUGGAUUGCCUGAGGUUAAUAGUAUCAUGAAGAAAGAUUCCCAGAAGAUCCCUUCCCACAAGUUCCUGCCUCUCAUGUAUCAGCUGGCCGCUCGUAUGGGAACCAAAAAGAUGGGGAGACAGGACUUCCAUGAAGUGCUCAAUAAUGUGAUCAGCCAAACCUCCCUGGCUCACCCUUACCACACUCUCUUUAUUAUACUGGCUUUAGCAAACGCCAACAAAGAUGAUCUCUUACUGAAGUCUGAGGUAGUGAAAAGAGGCCGACUCACCAAGAAUGCCCCAAAGAAGAUAUCGCAGACCGAUGAGGAUCGUAUGGAAGCUGCAUGCAAUAUAGUGAACACCAUAAAGAAACACAGGCCUCUCAUGGUACGAGAUGUUGAGAGACUUUGUGACGCAUACAUCAUUUUGGCAAACAUGGAUGCCAACCAAUGGAAAUCUCAGCGCAAAGGAAUACCCAUACCACCAGACCAGCCCAUCACUAAACUGAAAAACCUACAGGAUGUUGUUAUUCCGACCAUGGAACUUAAGGUUGAUCCCAGCGGGAAGUAUGAAAACUUGGUGACAAUUGCAUCUUUCAAGCCUGAGUUCCGCUUGGCUGGGGGUCUGAAUCUUCCGAAAAUAAUUGACUGUGUGGGCUCAGACGGGAAGGAGAGAAGACAGCUUGUCAAGGGCCGGGAUGAUCUGAGACAAGACGCCGUCAUGCAGCAGGUGUUCCAGAUGUGUAAUACCUUAUUACAGAGAGAUAGCGAGACCAGAAAAAGGAAGCUGUCCAUCCGCAGAUACAAGGUGGUUCCGUUAUCUCAGAGGAGCGGUGUCCUGGAGUGGUGCUCCGGCACAGUCCCCAUUGGUGAAUAUUUGGUGAAUGGAGAUGAUGGCGCCCACAAACGUUAUCGGCCUGGUGACUACAGUAGUUUACAAUGUCAGAAGAAACUGCUGGACGUCCAGAGAGCCAGAUUUGAAGAUAAGUAUCAGGUAUUCCUAGACAUCUCUGAACAUUUCCGACCCGUCUUCCGCUAUUUCUGUAUGGAGAAGUUUUUAGAUCCUGCUAUUUGGUUUGAGAAGCGCUUGGCUUAUACACGCAGCGUAGCUACAUCAUCCAUAGUUGGCUACAUUGUUGGACUUGGGGACAGACAUGUGCAGAACAUUCUCAUAGAUGAACAGACAGCCGAACUUGUUCACAUUGAUUUGGGUGUUGCAUUUGAGCAAGGAAAAAUUCUUCCAACUCCUGAGACGGUUCCUUUCCGUUUAACGCGGGACAUUGUGGAUGGCAUGGGCAUUACUGGAGUAGAAGGAGUCUUCCGAAGAUGCUGUGAGAAAACUAUGGAAGUUAUGAGAAGCUCUCAGGAUGCUCUGCUGACCAUUGUUGAGGUCCUGCUCUAUGACCCCUUGUUUGAUUGGACAAUGAAUCCUCUGAAAGCCCUCUAUCUGCAGCAAGAUGAAGCAGAGCUGAAUGCAACAUUACCGGACGACCCAGAGUGCAACAGGAACAGCUGUAACGACACUCAAAGCUUCAAUAAAGUGGCGGAACGUGUUCUCCUGCGGCUCCAAGAGAAGCUGAAGGGAGUAGAAGAGGGGACUGUGCUCAAUGCAGAGGGACAAGUCAAUCUUCUCAUCCAGCAGGCUAUGGAUCCCAAAAAUCUCAGCAGGCUCUUCCCUGGAUGGAAAGCCUGGGUGUAAUGUUUAGAGCAGUUAUGUCUGGGCGAUAUUCACUGACAUUGUAAGAAUGUAAUAUAAGCGUGCUUUAAGGUUUAAAGAGGUACUGCCAUCUGGACAUCUAUGGCAUAUCCACAGGAUAGUUCAUAAAUCUCUGAUAGAGAUGGGAUCAGCAUCUAUCUCUGGGUUGAGGGUGUCCCAAAUCCCUUCGGCCGGCUUUUUGCCACUGGAGGUUGUCAGGAAGCUAAAAACAUCCAGUUCAAUAGGGGCUACAUAAACAGUAUUGCAUCGUAAGCUACGCUGUUUACAAACACGAUGUUAUGCUGUUUGCGCAACUCCCGUUAAUCUCUGGGGUAGUUAGCAGAACAUGUUGUUUUACAUAGUUCACAUGUUUUUGGCUUCCUGACCACCUCCACUGGAUGCCAGCAGGCCGAAGGGGUUAAUGGAUCCCUCAAUCUCAAAUUAGAAAUGUGGAUAUGCAGUAGAUAUCCAGAUGGGAAAUACCCCUUAGAAUGUGUCUGAGAUUAGAAAAAAAAACUGCGUCCCCCCCCCCCAGACAGGUUCACUGUAGUUCAUUGCUUGUGACCUAACUGCAAUACCACACACAACCUGUAGACACGAGUGCUGCUGUUUCUCUGUUUCUGGAAAAACUGAAGACCCUUCCUUAGAUGUUAUACAAUGUACACUGCCAGUGGUCAGAAGUAUACGUGUGCAAUCACACAAAGGAAAAAGAAGCA